AUGAGCGCCAAAAACCCAGAUGUGCAGCCACCCUUGCAAAGCUAUCAAGCAUUCGUAUCAGGAAAGCCUCCGUAUAUAUCUGAGAACCAACUUCAACGCUCCUUCCGGCGUGACGCCGCGAGCGUCGGUGGCAUUCGGGGGCGAAUGCACGACAGCAUUGUUCCGAAAGACUUGUACCAGUAG